GUUGUAACCAUUGAAAGCAAUUUAUCAUAGGUAAUAUCAUGACCGUGUUCUUUUAUUAAAUCCUUGCAGAUUAAUUUUACUUGAUCUCUCCAUCCACAUUCAACUAAUCGACGACGUAGCAACUCUUUUAGCCUAAAAGAGAUGGCAUCAACACGAGUAAUCAGUUGCAUUUCGUACAAAAGACUUGCAGCAGUCUCUAGUCUAAAAAAUAUAUACAUUCUUUCUAAUUUUAGUAUUAAUUCUAAUUUUCGACAAAAUGCAUUAUAUUGUACAAAAAAAUCAAUUGCCAAAACAGAUUCUGUUGAACAUGAAAAUAAAAUACAAGUUGGAUUUGCGGAUGUAGUUAAAGAAAAUACAAAAUCUAUUGGAUAUUUAGGUGUAAUAAUUAGUGGUAUAGGAAUUACUGCUUUCAUGUUUUAUAUGAUUUUUGAUGAAUUAUUUUCCAAUAAAAGCCCAAACAGCGUAUACAGUAAAGCAUUAGAUCGCUGCAUCAAACAUCCUAAAGUAACAGAUGCCCUAGGAGAACCAAUAAAAGCAUAUGGAGAAGAGAGCAGACGUGGACGUAGAAGACAUAUAAGUCAUAUUAUCUUUGAGAGGGAUGGAGUACGUCAUAUGAGAAUGAAAUUUUAUAUUCAAGGUAUAAGGAGACGUGCAACUGUGAAUUUAGAAGUGCAGGAAGAUGAAUCUGGCAAUUAUAUGUACAGAUAUUUAUAUGUACUUGUGGAUGAUAUUUUGCAAACUAUUAUUAAAAUAGAAGACAACAGAGAGCAAAAGAGGAGCUCCAGUACUGAAACAGAACUUGAAUGGAAUUAAUAUGUUAGAUCUUUCUGAUUAAUAUUUGGAC